UGCACCUCAUCUCUUUUUAACUCUCUCUUUUUUCUCUUUUGGAUUGACGCUACAAAAGAAGAAAAAAAUAAACUUCGAAAUGCUAGGCGUCCCUUCCCAACACUAAAACUUAUACAUUCCAACCCAAAACCCUAGCUGGCUCUCUCUCUCUCUCUCCUUCCAUUCCUUUUUUCUUUUCCUUUUUAAUUCUUCCCUCUCCGCGUUCUGUUUUAGAUUCUGUUUUGUCUGCUUUAAUUUUUUAAUUAUUUUUUCCUUUCGUUUAAGAGGAUGGAAGAUAAAGAGGGUGUGGAUCCAGCGAGUGAAUUUACAUCCAAUUCGAGCUGGGCACUCGCUGGAGGACCUGACUCAGUCUCCGACAGCGUCAACUACUUCUUCGAUAAGGAGAGCAAUAUACUGAGUGAGUUCGACUGGAAUCUGCAACCUGAUCAUGCUGAACAGAUUGACCGGUUCGAUGAACUCGACCGGGCCGACACCAGGCCUUAUUUGGCGGGAAGCUUUAGCGGCUCGCAUAGCUGUGUUGCUGCUGCUGCGUGUGGUUCGGUUUCGGGUUCAGGGACAGCGUCGAGUCCUGCUGGCGGGGCGGCUGACGUGUCGACAUUGAUUCCAUCGGUGUCUUCGAGCUCCGGAGAGGAUCCGUCGGAGAAAUAUAAGGGAUCCGGCGGGAAACCGCCCGAGAUACCGAGUAAGGCCAGGAAGAAGGGGCAAAAGCGAAUUCGACAGCCACGUUUUGCAUUUAUGACCAAGAGUGAAGUUGAACAUCUUGAAGAUGGCUACCGGUGGCGGAAAUAUGGACAAAAAGCUGUUAAAAAUAGUCCAUUUCCUAGGAGCUACUACCGUUGCACAAACAGCAAAUGUACAGUUAAGAAGAGGGUAGAACGCUCCUCUGAAGAUCCCACCAUUGUCAUUACUACAUAUGAAGGUCAGCACUGUCAUCACAGUGUCGGAUUCCCCCGUGGUGGACUCAUCAGCCGUGAAGCUGCCUUUGCUGGUCGAUUCACUCCUUCAGUCUCACAAUUUUAUUAUCCACACGGGGAAAUUCCUGCAAGCAUAAUACGUUCACAGCAAGUACCGAUAGAAAUAGUAGAAUCUCGUCCACUGCCACAAACCACAAAUGAAGGGCUACUUGGGGAUAUUGUUCCUCCAGGAAUCCGUAACAGAUGAGGAAGAGAUCAUUGUGGUAAAGUCAGUGAUUGGUAUUAUAGCUGACAAAAUGGAAGUGGGCGAGGUCUUUACCUGAAAUCACACUAAAUCUGGUAUUGCUUCCAUGAGUGAGUUCAUUAUUCUCUCUCAUGUGCAGAUAUUUUUAUCUGGUAUUGCUUCAAAUUCUAAUAUAUUAUACGCAUGUGAAUAUGUUGAUUAGGUUUAAAACUUUAGGACAUGACUGCAGGAUCAUAUGUUAGCAUAUAUAAAUUUUAACUAUAGAAUAGUGUAAUAUCAUGUGAAAAGAA